AUGUCCAGCAAUGUGACCGAGAAAGGAGAGACACCGUCAGUGGUCACCGUUAUCCGCACUUUUACUCCAGAUUCUCCCACUGCAGCACCAACCAACAGCGCGUCCCCCUCUGGAACAGGUGCCGCUGACCCUGCCAACACCGACUCUACCCAAUUGCAGAAUGCACAGAAGGAGAACGAUGGCGGUCUCAGCACUGGUGGUAAGACUGCCAUUGCUGUCGUCAUUCCCGUUGUUGUCGUCGCUUUGCUAGUCCUAGCCGGCAUCUUCUUCUGGCGCAAACGCAAGCAGCGCCAGAGUGCCGAGGACGAACGCAGGAAGGAAGUCGAGGAGUAUGGCUUCAACCCUAACCACGACCCUACCCUUCCUGCGGUUGGUGGGUUGGCCAUGGCUGAAGACGACAGCGGUUACCGAGGCUGGGGCAACACCACCACCAGCUCCAACCGCAAGAUGUCCACCACUCUCACCUCUGGUAUGACCUACUCCGAUAGCAACAGCAACCCCGGCGGAUACACCAGCCCACACUCUCCCACACACGGUGCCUACUCUGACGCUCACUCCAACGACCCGCUUGUAGACGGCCGUCGCCAGACCAUGGACUCGGACGGUAUCGGCGCCCUCGGCGUCGUCAACGGUGCUGCCGCUGCCAACUCUGCCAACAACCAGGCCGGUGUGCACCGCGGGCCUUCCAACGCUUCGUCGUCAUACUCAGCAGCCAACCACUCUGACAACUCUGGCGACUACCCUGGUAUGGCCAAUGGUCACCCACAGGAGUACUACAACAACCAAGACUACUACCAGAACGGGCCAUAUGCCGCCAACGAUCCAUACGCUGCCCAACAACAGCCCAUCAUAAGAGACGUAUCAGCACGACGGAACACGAGGAUCGAGAACCCCAGUGUCUUCCCCCAACAAGGCAACUCUGGAAUCGCGCAAAACUUCUAG